AUGUCGCUUUUUGGGGUCUUCUGGAAGAAAAGAAACAAGCUCCAGAGCCACUUGGAGCCGCUGAAGAAGAAGCUGGACGCGGUCCUGAAGCAGAAAUCCAAUGAGGAGGAGAAGAUCACGGAGCUGAGGGACAAGAUGAAGCUGGAAAUCAAGGAAUUCGAGUCGGAUUUUGAGGUGCUGCACCAAUUCCUCAUCGGGGAGCAGGUCCUGCUCUUACACCAGCUGGAGGAACGCUACGAGAGCUUGCUGGCCCGUCAGAGCAGCAACAUCAGCCAGCUGGAAGAGCAGAGCGCUGCCCUCAGCCGGCUCAUCGCCGAGGCGGAGGACAAGAGCAAACAGGACGGGCUGCAACUGCUCAAGGACAUCAAAGGCACAUUUAUCAGAUGCGAGAACAUCAAAUUCCAGGAGCCCGAGAUGGUGCCGGUGGACGUGGGGAAAAAAUACCGCAACUACUUUCUGCAGGACGUGGUGAUGAGGAAAAUGGAGAAAGUUUUCAGUAAAGUCCCUCAAGCCGACGUCACCCUGGACCCCGACACAGCCCACCCUCGCCUGAGCCUCUCCCUGGACCGACGCAGCGUCAAACUGGGCGAACGCCGCCAGGAUCUGCCGGACAACCCCAAACGUUUCGAUUCGGAUUAUUGCGUGCUGGGUUCCCAGGGCUUCACCACCGGCCGUCACUACUGGGAGGUAGAAGUGGGAGGCCGACGAGGUUGGGCGGUGGGCGCAGCCCGCGAAACGGCUCGUCGCAAAGAGAAGACGGUGGGUCCUCACCAAAAAAGAGAAAUUUGGUGCGUGGGCACCAACGGGAAGAAGUACCAGGCGUUGACGGCUACGGAGCAGACGGCCCUGUCGCCCAGCGAACGGCCCCGGCGCUUCGGCGUCUACCUGGACUACGAACGGGGUCAACUCUGCUUCUACAACGCCGAGAGCAUGACCCACAUCCACACCUUCAACGCCUCCUUCCACGAGCGCAUCUUCCCCUUCUUUCGCAUCUUGGCCAAGGGCACCCGCAUCAAAAUCUGCGCCUGACCGGCCAUCC